UCAAGGAACGAGUGCAGACAGUCGGACCUUUCAAAAACUACUUUUGCAAAGUUAUACUCUAUGCUGUCGACGUGUGUCGGUGUAAAAUAAAAUGAUUUAGUUUAGGGGUAAUCUAUGUGGUCGGGAAGUAAAGGAAAAUCCUUCACCCAACUAUGUUGUACUUUUUGUCAAGUGUCCGUUAACGCACCGUCUGGGCUAUAUUUUGAUUUUACAGGGUUGAACAGUGCUGUUAGCUUUUUCGUUACUAGCUAAAAUGAAUUUUAAUACUGAUAUUUGCUUCCAGCUUAUUCGUUUUCAGCAUAAACGAUUAUAGCUUUGGUUUAUGUUGAUCACUCACAUGGGUUUGGAAGGGCUCUGUAGCAAUAUGUGGUGUAUUAAUGAAUCGUAUACACGCGUAGUUCCUGAACGUAGUCGUGUUCCGAGUCUAAUUCAGCGAACGCACUAACCAGCAGCAAUUUCUUAGUCGUCAUAAACGUCUCGUGGUAAGCAUUAAGCAAACCUCCUCUCGCCGCUUAGUGAUUCUGUCAUCAGGACAUUAGAAAAGGCAGCGCAGCUGCUGCGUUCACAACUCUAAGCUAACCUGGGCUAAUGUUAAAAAAUGGCUGGCCACGGUUUGAAAACAACAACCGGGACUGGUUCUAGGAGCGGAGGAAUCGCGGAGGGAUAUCUCCAGUGACUGGGCACAAAAGCCAUGUGCUGCUUUGUUUACAAUAACAUCCUCGAACAUGGAAAUAACCCCACGACGCAGCAAAUUUCCUCUACGGCGGUAAAAGAAGUGCAAAAGGUUUCUGCAGGAGUUUUACACGGAGGAUGACGAUGGGAAGAAGGUGUUCAAAUAUGGAGUGCAACUUGUGCAGCUGGCCCACCGGGAGAAGGUGUCCCUGGUUGUUGAGCUGGAAGAUGUGGCUGAGGAAGACCCAGAUCUGGUUGAGAGUAUCUGUGAGAAUGCAAAACGCUACACAAACCUGUUUGCUGACGCCAUACACGAGCUGCUGCCAGAAUACAAGGAAAGAGAUAUUGUGGCCAAAGAUUCCCUGGACGUGUACAUUGAGCACAGGCUGAUGAUGGAGCAAAGGGGUCGUGAUCCGGCCGACACCAGAGAUCCACAUAACCAGUACCCACCUGAGCUCAUGAGGAGAUUUGAGCUCUACUUCAAGUCUUCCAGCACCUCAAAACCCAAAGUGGUGCGUGAUAUCCGGGCUGACAGCAUUGGCCAUCUGGUCACAGUCCGAGGCAUCGUGACCCGCGCCACCGAGGUCAAACCGAUGAUGGCUGUAGCUACGUACACGUGUGACCAGUGUGGUGCUGAAACCUACCAACCAAUCCAGUCCCCCACCUUUAUGCCUCUGGUCAUGUGUCCCAGUCAAGAGUGUGUCACCAACAAAUCUGGAGGACGACUCUACCUGCAGACCAGAGGGUCCAAGUUUGUGAAGUUCCAGGAGCUACGGAUUCAGGAGCACAGUGACCAGGUGCCUGUUGGUAAUAUUCCAAGGAGCAUGACUGUGUAUGCUCGUGGUGAAAACACACGUCUGGCUCAGCCCGGAGACCACGUAGCCAUCGUGGGAAUCUUCCUCCCUUUGCUUCGUACCGGCUUCAGCCAGGCUGUGCAGGGACUUUUGUCAGAAACCUUCCUGGAGGCUCACAGCAUCACUUUGAUGAACAAGUCAGAGGACGACGAGCUCGGCAACGAGGAGCUGACCGACAUGGAGCUGCGCAGCAUCACAGAGGAAGGGUUUUAUGAGAAGCUGGCUGGCUCGAUAGCACCAGAGAUCUACGGGCACGAGGAUGUUAAGAAAGCUCUGCUGCUGCUGCUGGUGGGGGGCGUGGAACAGGCUCCCAAAGGCAUGAAGAUCAGAGGCAACAUCAACAUCUGUCUGAUGGGAGACCCUGGAGUGGCCAAGUCCCAGCUGCUGUCCUACAUUGACCGACUGGCUCCUCGAAGCCAGUAUACGACAGGUCGGGGGUCGUCUGGAGUCGGGUUGACCGCUGCGGUGAUGCGUGACCCUCUGACCGGUGAAAUGACUUUGGAGGGUGGAGCCCUGGUGCUAGCUGACCAGGGUGUCUGCUGCAUUGAUGAGUUUGAUAAGAUGGCAGAUGCUGAUCGAACAGCCAUCCACGAGGUGAUGGAGCAGCAAACCAUCUCCAUUGCUAAGGCCGGCAUCAUGACCUCCCUCAACGCACGUUGUUCUAUUCUGGCUGCAGCCAACCCGGCAUACGGUCGCUACAACCCUCGUAAAAGCAUCGAGCAGAACAUUCAGCUGCCGGCCGCUCUGCUCUCCCGGUUUGAUCUGCUCUGGCUCAUCCAGGACAAACCCGACGCUGAUGCUGACCUGCGUCUGGCUCAGCACAUCACCUACGUCCACCAGCACUCCCGCCAGCCGCCCACUCACUUCACCCCCAUCGACAUGAAACUCAUGAGGCGUUACAUAGCUCUGUGUAAGAAGCGUCAGCCCGUUGUGCCGGAGUCACUGGCAGAUUACAUCACCGCUGCUUACGUAGAGAUGAGGAAAGAAGCUCGAGUCAGCAAAGACACCACCUUCACCUCAGCACGUACCCUCCUCUCCAUCCUCCGCCUGUCCACGGCCCUGGCCCGGCUUCGCAUGAUGGACACUGUGGAGAAGGAGGAUGUGAACGAGGCUAUGCGGCUGAUGGAGAUGUCGAAGGACUCGCUGCAGGCUGACAAAUCCAGCACCACCAGGGCGCAGCGUCCAGCUGAUGUCAUCUUCUCUCUGGUGCGGGAGCUCGCCACUGAGGGCACGAUCGGCCGUGGCGGGGCAGGCGGUGUGGUUCGCAUGUCUGAAGCUGAGCAGCGUUGCAUCUCUCGUGGCUUCACGCCCGCUCAGUUCCAGGAGGCUCUGGAGGAGUAUGAGGAGUUAAAUGUGUGGCAGAUCAACCAGGCCCGCAGCCGCAUCACCUUCGUAUGAACACACCUGGACACGCUUCGCCCCAGCCAUCGACUAGAGCUCUCUUUAUUUCUGCAUCAUGUCUUUUGUAACCCAAGUUGGGCAGAACGCAGACUUCCUCUCAAUACCUGGACAUGAUGAAAAAUCCUGUUCCUGACUGGUUUCCUGUUAAUUAAUGGAUUUCUUGUAAAUAUUUGUCAGAGCACAUCAUUGUGUAACCCUCCCACUGUCCUAAUGGGUGUGAGGUCCACGUGGCAGGGGUGAGGACUGAGCACCACCUCACCCCUGCCACAUGGACCCAAGGGAUAAACCAUCAACCCUGCUUAAUGGUCAACUUUCUUCGCGGGGUCACACCCAUUAGGACAGUGGGAAGGUUAAUCUGCAGUUCAGUGGGGUAAAGCAUCAGUUUAUCAGUGAGAGUUCUUGUACAUUGUGUUUGUAAUGAGAUGUUGAUGUUGAACCUUGUAUUAGUUAUAAUAAAUGCUUCAGUAAUAAACAUCACUGUCAGUUUGGCUCCUGGUGUCAUGAGAAGUUGUAAUAAAAAUGAACUUGUCA